AAAAAAAAAGAAAGAAAAAAUGGAACAGAAAGCACGCAUUAUAACUGAACAAGUGUUCGGCAGUAGUCGAAGAAUUAAGUUUAUUGAACUAUCAGAAGCACCUACAACACCUAUGGAUCCACUCUUGACUGCUAUUGACCAUGUACAUCCACCUACUACUACUACUACUACUUCUGCUACUACUAAUAACAACAAUGACAAAGACAGUACAAGUGCAUCAUCAUCAUCAUCAUCAUCAUCAUCAUCAUCAUCAACACAUCAAUCCAUGUCUAUUGAAUCACUUUUAGCUACCAACAGUUCCUUGGCAGAAUCCUCGCACAACCAUACUGUCAACUACAAUCAUUAUCGUCAAUCCCCUUCCGCUUCUACUCAUGAAGUCAGCAUUGCUUCACUUUUAACUUCUGACAAUACAAGCAAUCAUAAACGUAGAAGGGACGAAGAAGAGCAACGCCAUAAAAAGAAACAGCAGAAAAAAUCGCCUUUAUUUUCCACAAAGCAAAAGACAACUAUCACAUGUCUCCAUGCCUCAGUGGCACAAAAGUCUUAUGGUUCUGAAAAACGCUUUCUUUGCCCUCCUCCUAUCGUCCAAAUCAAAUCGCCUUUUUCAGCUAAACUCAAUAAUGAACAACAUACUGAAAGAAUGCAUCUUUCUAUGUCUGUUGUUUGUGAAAAUGGCGAUAAAAUCUUGGAACAACGCUCCAUGUUGGAUGAGAACCAAACUGGCAGUUUCAAAUAUCUUCAUGUCACUGGUACUGCAAAAGCAAAGCAAUUUAAUCUUAAGGUAGAUAUCUUGCCUAGUACCACCUCUACUGCUCCUUCAUCCCCCAUGUCACCUUCUCAACAAGAGACAUCGGUUGAACCUUUAGCUUCUUUUAUUUCGAAACCCAUUUCGAUUAUUUCAAAGCCUUCAAAGAAGACAGCCAAGACUCGCAAUGUAUCUACUUGUAUUCUAGCCAAUUCUCCAGUCUCGUUGUUCAAUCGUAUCAAUUCACAAACUGUGCGUACCAAAUACAUGACUUCCAGUAACAAUAUGCUCUGUGCAAAGAACACAACUUGGUCUCCUUUUGAUAUCAUCAUUGUCAAUCAACCCAAAUUGCCUCAGCCUCAUAAAUUACCUACAAAGCAACAGAUGACGACCACUAUCAGUGGUCGCUUCACUUCUCGUAUCCAGUUGGCUCCUCCUCCCCCCCUUUCUCUUGAACAACCACAACAACAAAACAAGCCGCCUAUGCAUGUUACUUAUGGUACCGAAAUCAUCUUGCGAGACUCUCAAACAGGUGUUACCUCUCCUUCUCUUAUCAUUCGCAAGGUAGAUAAAGGCCGUAUUGCUCAAUGCGCUUAUGGACCAGUGAGCCAGAUGCAAAAGGUGGCACUUCAACUUGCUUCUACUAUUCACUCACAACCUAUUUACUUGAGUGCUGCUGGUGCUAUGAACGAUACAACUAUGAAUCAUCAUGACUCAUCAAAUCAUCAUAGCAACAACAAUAACACAUGGCUUGAUUAUUCUCCUUCUAGACUUGUCCAGCCUGAUAGAAUGUCUCUUGAACUUGGCUAUGAAGAAGUAGAUGACUAUGUUUGCUGGACUAUUGUAGGCAUUAAGAAAUUUGAAUACGAUUACUUUGAAAACCAAGAACUUAGUAAACAAGACAUUACUGACGUUCAAGAAUCUGUUAUAGAAACAUCCUCAGCAACCACUCCACCUCCUUCACCACCUAGACAUAUUACUCCAUUUCCAUUAUUGACCAAGAUUGAAUACAAAAAUGACCAUACACUUGACGUUGUUGGACAGCACUUGAUUCAAGCAGCCCCUGUGCCUAGAUUGCUAGAUCUUUGGUUAGGCACACAUGGCCCUCUUGUUACUAGGAUAUCACAACCACCUCAACCACAGACACCUCAUGAAACUCAUUGGUCUGUUCAACUUCCAUCCACACAAGACUUAUUAGUGGCUAAUCAUGAUUUAUUGACAACGCUCCCUGAUGGUCGCAGAAAUCUCGAAUUAUCCUUGUUACUUGUCCGUCAAGAUGGCCUUGUUUACCAUACUGGCAAAGCACUUUCUUGUGAUGUACUUAAUGAUGCUGGCCGAUGGACUGUUGUUGCAGCUUCAUCUUCAUCCUCAUAAUUCCGUAUAUAUUCAUAUGUUGUAUAAAUUGUAAAUAAAUGUUGAUCUCAGUUUUGCC